GUAGCCCACAUCUUGGCCUUAGGUGCGUGGUUGAGAGGCAGGGCUGAACUGCGCUGCAGCAACGCUGUGCGGCGCAGACAUGACAGUGCUGGUCUUGCUCGUGGUCGAGAGGCAGGGCUGAACUGCGCUGCAGCAACGCUGUGCGGCGCAGACAUGACAGCAGGGCUGAACUGCGCUGCAGCAACGCUGUGCAGCGCAGACAUGCCAGAUGCUGUUUCUUGCAUGCGCAGACAUGACUGGGUCGCGACGGCCAAAUCAAGACUGUUCGUGACACGUUUAGAGUCGGCCCCACUGCGGGAGGAAGUGCUACAGGUGUUGCUUGUCGAUGGUGAAGUAAUGCGCAGGUGCCCUUCCAGUGAGCUUCUUGGACGGAGGUACUCUGAGUUGAAACAGCAGGUAUCUAGUUGGACCAGGGCUCAUAAGUCGGCGGCAUGUUGCGGUCCAAGCUGUAGCAUCGGUGUUCUCUUCUGCUCAUUGUCAGUGACGACUGCAGCCAUGCGUAAGAGGGCAGCUGCUGAACCUGUUACUCCGCAGAAGCGUUCUGCUAAUUCUCCUCAAGCUAGCGCUGCUGCUACUGAGGCGUCUGAUGCUGCCCCGACCUCUCCGCUUCCAUCACCCACGCCACCUGGAAGCCCUGCCAUUGCUAGCAUUGCUGCACCUUUUGCAGGCCUGACCCCGCGUCGUAGCAGCAAGCCCAAGGUUGCGAAGCCGACUGAGGGCCCCAGAGCUUUGGAGGUGACUAUUUUGAAGUAUGCGGCCAACGGGGCUCGGGUGAACCCUGACUUCGAACCUCAAGAGAGUGCCUAUGUGUUGAUUCUCGAGCACCCAGGCACUAAGCAGCACCCAAGUUGCUUGUACCAGUUCAAGGACAACUUGGCUGCGUACUUGCAGAUCUUGCACAACCAAGAUCCCGAGACACCAUCCGAGAUCAUCAAGCUUGCGGAGUUCAUGCAAGUUCAUGUGGCCUUUGGCAGUGCACCAACCUGGGCCAAGAGUCUCUACACUGGUGGAGGACCCUCUGGGCCAAUUGCUGCCUUGACAUUGCUGCACAACUUUGUGGCUUGGCUUCAGCUCCGCAUUCCGAACCUUCACAACAUCGACCUGCACGUGUACUCCCCUGCCGAGAUCGAGCUUGGACAAGUUUUGCCUCAUGUGGGCGGCAGCAAUCCGAACCAUAGCCUGUGCACUGCUGCGCCUCCCGCAAGCCGCGGGCACCUGACGCUCAGCUGUCACAAGUCGCAAUUGGCAGACGUGUUUCUGCGAUUGACGGGAAACACAUUCCCUUUGAAAUCUUUGAAGGAGUGCAUGGAUGAGCUGGAGAUUGAAGGCACGAACACUACGGAUGGGUAUGUGCGGACCACCCGGCCGUUGCAUCUGAGCAAUGACAGCGACUUAAAGUUGAUGGGUGCGAUCCGCAGCAUUGUGGCAGAGACUUUCCAUGUCUUGCUCAUUGCCAGUGAUGUCGCUCCAGCUCAUGCAACCACUUUCCGGCUACUUCCCUGCAACACGCCUUUGUCGGAGGCCGCGAUGCAAGGCCGGCCAUGCCAUGACGGGGUAGAAGAAGUGUCGGGAUACGGUAGAUCUCAGAUCAUGGCCAGUGUUGUCGUGAAGCUCGCACCAGAGCAUAGCUUGAGCCAUGUGAUGGAUCACGAUGGUGCACGUCGGCUCUUAGAGAAGCAUGUUGAUACAUCUGCGGUGAAGAAGGUGAGAGCUAACAGCAAGCAUCAGAUGUUUGUCGUUCUCAAAGAACAAUCUGGUCUAACACCGUUCUUGGCGGAAAUCCGCAAAGUGACUGCUGUGUUUGCGGCGGCGGUGCCACUGAGUGAGCAAGCGCACAAGGAGAAGGCUGAUGCUGAUGCGAGCUAUCGGGUUAAGAAAGGGGCACAGAUGGACAAGAUGGGAGACACGGCGCCAAAGGUAUUGAAUGUCAUGACGCAGAUGCUGGGGGUCGUCGGUUCAGAGAAGCAGAAGCGGAAGGCCGUGUUGGCAGCUUUACCGACUUUUGACCGGUGUUCCAAGGUGAGCUGCGAUGGUCUCCGCGUGCGUGAAGUGAUGUCGACAUCAGCUCCAGCAACUGAUGAAGCCGAUUGA